AAAAUAAAAUGGAUAAAAAUUACAUUCCCAUAAUUAAAGCGGCAAAAUGUGCUCGCAAGCAUUCCGAUUGGAGUAUUAAAACUCUUCAACCACUUGAAUGCACUAAAUUAAGAUCCAGUAAUCAACAGAGGAUGUGGGAAAAAUAUAUAAAUUCGGGUAGAGCGGUAUAUUAUAAAUAUUCUCUCAUCGAUUCACGAACAUUGGAUUGCCUUAAGGAAGCUCGAAAAAAUAAUCGUCCGGUGACGGAAAAUGAUUUACAACAAUGGGCUUUAGAAGCUGCGAAAGAAUUUCAAUCAGAUAAUUUCAUCUUUAAAGCAUCACCCGCAUGGAUAAAGAGAUUCAAAAAGAAUCACAAAACUUGGUUUCCUAAAUUUUAUCAAUUUAAAAAAAAUUCUUUUUUCAAUUGUUUAUCAUAAAUGUAGGAUUUGAUUUAUUGAAAGAUAUAAAUAAUGAUAUAAAAAUAAAUAAUAGAUCUCGCACAAAUUAAUAUAAUUCUUGCAAUAACAUAUGCAAUGUGCACGAUUUCCAAAAUUAUCUUAACACUAAUUGUAAAUUUAU